GGCGCCAGCGCCGUUGCGACACAGUAGCGUGACAAGUCAUGUCAUUUCUGCCCAUGAUAUAUGAAAAAAUCCAAUGGCAGAUUCUUUUUUCGGGUUCGAUACUUCGGUAUCGAACUUAAAUGACGACGAAGGCGGUGGAGAGCCAUCAGAGGAAGAGUAUGAUGCUCUCAACAAUGAGACCUUUGGUCAAGACUCGGAAGAAUUCGAUUGGGAAGUUGAACACGAACAUCUGGCUGAGCAACUUGAAAGUAGUCGUCGGAACGCAGCACUCGACGAGGCUGAUUCUCGACUCGAAGCAUCGCUGUCUCAGCUAGUGUUGGACGAAACGGAUGCGCCACAGACUAGAAGUCUCGGCUCGAGCGUGUGGCGUCAUGAUCUUUCUUUCCCUGCGCCAACGCCGGUACCUACACUUAAAAAUGUCUGCACGGUGGAAGAGUUGGAGCGACAGCUGCGCCAAAAUCAAGCGCCGCAAAACUACUCACAGAACUAUUUUCAGCCAAGAUUUCCACCGGUUAUCCUUCAAAGGCCGCCAGGACUUCAAGCACCAGUACCACUACCAUUUGCCCCACAGCAAUCUAUGGCUCAUAAUAUGAACCAAAUGAACCAACCAUUGAAUAAGAUAAUCGGGCAAAAUUCUCAAAUGAAUCAAAACCAAAUGAUGAAUCACAUGACUCCAAACAUGAAUCAAAUGGGACAAAAUAUGAACCAAAUGGGACACAAUGUGAACCAGCUUGGUCAAAACAUGAAUCCUCUUGGGCAGAAUAUGAAUCAAAUGGGACAAAAUAUGAACCAAAUGGGGCAUAGUGUGAACCAGUUCAUGCAAAAUUCAAAUCAAAUGAAUCAGUUUCAAAAUAAUCAAAUGGGCCAAGGUAUGAUGAAUCAGAUGCAAAACAUGAACGUCCAUCACCAAAACAAUCAAAUGAUGCCAAAUCAGAUGGGCCCAGGCAUGAAUCAGAUUGGUCAAAAUAUGAACCAAAUGGUGCAAAAUGUCAACCAGAUGCCUCCCAAUAUGAAUCAGAUGGGGCAAAAUAUGAGUCAAAUGGGUCAAAAUAUGAAUCCAAUGGGGCAAAAUAUGAAUAAAAUGGGACAGAACAUGAAUCAAAUGGGGCAAAAUAUGAGUCAGAUGGGACAAAAUCAGAUGAUGCCAAACGGUAAUCAAUUUGGUAUGAAUCAGUUUCCACACAUGAUGGGGCAACCUAGGAUGAUGGCGCCCCCUCCUGGUAUCGGCAUGCCAAGACAGAAUUUUAGCCCUAGUAUGAAUCAAUUUAAUCCGAAUUUUCGUGGACCAUCAAUUCCAAAAAACGACCAGACAAUAUCACAAUCCAACAUGGUUAUGAACCAAAUGAAUAAACCGCAACAAUUGAACCAACCGAUCAAACCGCCAAAUCAAAUAACACAAUCGCCGCAGAACAAAAUUCAGAAGCCGGUCCAAAAUGUUCAGAACAUGGGCCAGAAUGUGGUUCAAAAUGUUCAAAAUCAACCAAAGUUGAAGAGUCGCGUGUACAACAACUCAAAGAACCUGACCUCACAGAACAUGGUGCAAAUAAUACAGAAUACUCAUCCUAUGCUUCAAUUUAACAAUAGUUACCAUAACGCGAGCCAUCAUCCGAUGUUGAACAACCGGAAUCUGUUCAAUAACCAGGUUAUGAAUAAUCAUAACAUGAUGUUCAAUCGACAAAAUGGCACGUUUAGUAAUGCUAAUAGACAUUCAAAUAGCGACGAUAGUGCAAGCGACACGGAUGACUACGCUGGCCUCAUGACGCAGAGGGAGAAACAGUGGCUGAUUAAUAUACAGAUGUUGCAAUUGAACACAGGAACACCCUAUAUACACGAUUUUUAUUAUACGGUCUUUUUAGAGAGGCAGGCUAACAAAGAAAAGGAAGGCGUCAAGGAAGCACACAAGGCCAAUCAGCAGAACCAUCCGUUCUAUAGUGGGGCGGUGAAGCAGGAGAGCGAGGCGCUGCGGCCGCGCGAGCGCCACAACUCGCACCGCCACAACUCCACGGGCGACGACGCGCCGCGCGCCUACGUGCCCACGCAGUUCGAGAACUCGCUCGGGAAGCUGCAGUGUGGUAGCGUGACGGCGCCUAGGAAGAUAAUCGACGUGGAGGUGGUCGCGGAGCCGGCCUCCGGGAGACAGUCCCGGGCUCCGAGUGUAGCCAGCACCACGAAUCCUGCUGAGGUGCCACGCGAAGUCCGCAGAACGAAACAACUCUUACUGGAUAUAGAAGCGUUAUAUCUCAUACUGCUAAGACUUGAAGAACUCAACGAUCCACUGGCUAUAUCCAACGCGCUUAUAUUAAAAGAAAGAGAAGAGAAACAGAAACAACUUGAACUGGCCCAGAAGGAAGCGGAGAUUGAACAGGAGGAAGAUUCUAAUCUUUUCCUCAAGAACAUAGAAUCCGUACAAAGGAGACCCAAACAGGAGAGUCCCAAAAACGAGUGUAUUGACAAGAGACAGGUAGUUAACCUGGCGCUAUGUCAGAAACCGGCACCGAUCAAGAAUCUCCUAGACGAGGACAAGGAUGAACUGCUAAACAAGAUGUUCUCCGGGCUUCUGCACAGCGAUCGACUACCGCAGAUGUUGACCGUCAGGAAAGGCAGGGCGCUGCUGGUGCGCUUCCUGCGGCGCGCGCCGGUGCCGCACGCGCGGCUGCGCCAGCUGUGGGCGCGCGUGCUGCGCGCGCUCGCGCCCGCCGCGCGCCGCGACGACGGCGGCCUGGCCGCGCUCGCGCACCACUACCGCCGCUACAUUCAGAGUACGUCAGGAUGGUCUGCGGUUAUAGAAUCAUGCAGCUUCCUCUCCGAAGCCUUGGACCCGGCGAGGACACCUCAUGUGUUGACUACUUCUCUGACUCUAAGCUGCGUCUGCGCACUGAUGGAGCGCGCCAUUGUCCUCGUGAACACGCCCGAAGCGACCGCCAACGAGAGACAGUGGUACAAAUUCCUCAAGACCCUCGCGAGGGCGCUCAAAAACACGACCCUCAUCGUGGCGAAACCGAUACAACCUCUCCCCGAAGCGAAGGUCUUGCACCACAUCAAACAGCUGGAAUCCAGGUCGACGAUAGAGAUCUUACAGCGAGGUAAGGCUGCCGACUUUGAAUUGACGAAGACUGACGUGUCCGAGCAGUUGGUCAAACAUUUGUGUUGAUGUUUGCCGAAAAUAUGUUAUGAAUGUACGGGUCUGGUCGGUUUGGUCGAAUGUCUGUUCAAGAUUAGUUGAAUUAUUGAUUAGCCUAAUGGAAAUUAAAUGCUUUCAUUUUGUAUUAAAUUUUUUAUAAUUUAUUUCUUAUUCUAUAGAAAAUUACGUGUAGUUUUUAAGUAUAGCGUUCUAAAGAUGUUGACGAUUUUACUAGUUCGACCCGUCCGACCGACCCGUUCGCGUCGACCGUUGAGUCGCGAUCGUAUUGCGGCCGUAAGGAAAAUAAAGCGGUUUACGUUCGAUUAUAGUUAUAUAUUUGUAUAAAUGAUUUAUUUUUGCGAUAUUUUUCUUAUGGUCUUGUAAAAAUUGUAGAUAGUAGAUAUGUACUGAUUUGUACUCUAUGUAAUUGAUUUUAAAGUUUAAUAUCGGGUGACUAUGAUUAUCGAAUCAAAGAUUAUCUUUUUCUACGUUGACUAGAUAUCGCUUUUUGGUAAAGAAACGAGAAAUUUUUACAUAAUUAUUGAGUAAAAAAACGAAACGUAUAAAUUUCUUGGAAUGUAAAAAAAAUUAAAAAU